AUGGAGCAUGCCCUCAGGUGCAACGAAAUCAAAUGUCGGGUGGAACUGCGCGAGCGGGCUUUGGUAACUACCUGCAGUCACAUAUUCUGCGUUGACUGCGUCAGUCGCUCCGGUUUUAAUGGGAGCGCCCCUGAACACCGGAGGUGCCCGGCAUGUCAGUCACCACUGCCGAGACCUGACGACGCCGUCAUCACCAAUCUCAACCCCAGUGAGGACUACAAGACCAGUGUUCUCAGUGGCCUGAGUCCAGAGGCCAUCAUGGAAUGUGCAGGACGAGCACUGAGCUUCUGGUCGUACCAGAUGACACAGGAUCUGACCUGGGAAAGCCACCGCUGUAAGGUCCUCACCAGCCGCUACUCUGAGCUGAGUACUUCCCUCGACAACAUCAUCAGUGAUGCAAACGCCCAGCUCACAAACCUUCAGAACAAGUUGGCCAGCAUGGCGCUCGACCAUGACAGCCUUAACAGGAAGAAUGAGGAAUUGGUCCAGGCAUACAAGGAGAAGAACCGAAAGCUGCUUCAGACGCAAGAACUAUACGAUAAGCUCAAACGCAGGGCCAUGCUCGGCCAUAUACAGGACGCCGCGUCUGACGCCGUGGACACAACCCUCCAAGGUGGUUCCUCUUACGCUGCCCAGCAGGCUGCCCAGGCAGAGCGUGGAGCCUACGAACAUCAAUUUGCAACACCGCUUCGUCCAACACACGGUGCCCGGAAUUGUGUCAGGGACUGGCAGGGUCAUUUGUUCCCCCGGUGCGGCCCCGAGCGCACCGCCCCGGUGUACCAGCUUUCGGUUCGACGGCACAUCAAGGCGUUGGACCUGAGUAUCGCUAAUGAAGAUCAGGAAGGAAGCGAGCCAUCUCAGACCUGCGAUCGUGCAUCGCUCAGCAUCCUGCUCGGGCGACAAGGAGAUCUGAACUUCCGGCCGCCAGCACCGUUCCCGGCAGGGUUGCCUGACCCUCUUCGCUGCCAGCCACCGUUCCCUGCGCGGAAGCGUCGUGCUUCCAGGUCUCGACGGCGUAGGGCUGGUUUCACCAAGGAGGAGAAGGCGAUACUCCAGCAUCAACUGCCUGCGAUAGCGGAGGAGGCGCAUGGUGAUCACGGCCCCGUCUAUGAACUAGAUGCAUCAAGUCAAGAGAGUGUGUCAUCUAUCGUCUCCGUUUAUGAACUGGAUGCAUCAAUUCAAGGGAGCCUGUCAUCUAUUGAUCCGGUUUACGAGCUAGAGGAUACGAGUUCAGACAACGCGAGCGAGGCCAGUCUGCCGUCUAUCGUUGUUUCAGACUAUGAACCCAUUAUUGAGACUAACCGCCAACUAAAGCAGGAGAAUCAGCAAAUGUGUGCAUUUCUCCAGGAAAUUAUCACUCGAGAUAUCAUCGUGAAGGAGCAGCUGGACCGCGCCAGAGGCGAAUGCAAAGCCGCUUCCGCGGCUCUGAAUUUGCUCUGGGAACUGGUCAAGUCGAACUUUGACGGGAGUGAACAUGUUGCCACACCGGCCCAGAUCGUCGAAUUCUUGUCAACUCGAGAUAUUCACGACAUCCCAAGGCUGCUGCAAAGCGGCAUGAAGGCCUAG